AUGCCUGCCUCUGUAAAGCCCGAAGACCAGACAUAUGUCCUCUCCCACCGUUCCAAGCAAACGGAAGAACACAAACGGCUGAACCGACAGCACAACCUCAUCCAGCAGACGUUUCUCAACAAUCAGCUCAUCCACCCGUCCAUCCCGCUGUCUUCUCUAACGGGUGGAAUUGCUGACAUUGGCUGCGGAACAGGCAUUUGGCUGCAGGAAGUAGCUCAGUCCUUACAAUCCCCAGGCGGGGCCUCUGCAUCCCCAACCACAACAACCCUCCCAUCUCUUGUUGGCUUUGACCUGAACGCAGCCGCAUUCCCCGAGGACCCCACUCCUGGAAUCCAACUUGUGCAGCAUGACUGCACCAAACCUUUCGAUGCCCGCUAUCAUGGGCAAUUUGACCUGGUCAAUAUCCGCGGCCUUGCGUAUGCUAUUACGGAGGAGAAGCUCUCUCGAGCGCUUGACAAUGCAUUACUACUCUUGAGACCAGGAGGCUAUCUCCAGUGGACGGAAAGCGAAGCCCGACUUUUCAAAGUAUUUCCGGAAACACCAAGUAUGCUGAAAGCAAUGGAAAUCAUUGAUGUGGAGAGACGGGCUCGCGAUCUAGUACCUUAUCUGCCACAUUUCAUGCUGCGACGAACUCUCUCACUCAAAGGUGACAAUGAUGAAGAUGCUCUCAGUAUCCUUCAUUUCAAUCUACGUCCCGGAGGGUUCUGUGAGGAUGAUGCUGAUCCAGACGUCUGCCUGCAAUUUUCGGAUCUUCUCACGGAGUCGGUCAGUCUUUUUCUGCACUCUGCACUUAUGAGAAUGGAACAACAGCAGUCCCAGAACGGAACUGCAGCUGAGAAUGGCAAUUUCGGAAAAUCAGAAUUGGAUGAACUGCGUAAAUUAAAGUCGUUAGUGAGACUAUAG